AAAUACCAAGUCGUCCGCCCGCCUUACAACCCGGUUGUUUCAUGGACUCACCACGGAUCACCACCCAGCAACCCGGCUUGUCUCCUUCCAACUCAGUUCAUAAUAUGCUCAAGUUGCGCACUCAGCAAACACCACAACCAACACCACAACCAACACCAAUUCACCAUGCAUUUCGAUGCAAAUUCGUCUGCAACAACAACACCGACAACGCCGAGUAAUCGUCUCCCGGAAAACCAAUCACCUCCCCCAAUUCAAUGGCCGGAAGAUGGAACCCUAACCCUAGAUUGGGUCUUAAAUUUAAUGUCAUCUUUCGAUUGGUCUUCACGUAACCUCUCUCCUCCUGAUCUUCCUUCAAUUCUUCCGGUACCGGCUUUCGAUAAAUUGAUCCUUUGUGGGUCAAAGAUGCUCCAUAAAGAGCCCAAUUGCGUGAGAAUCGACGAUGUUUCCGCCGAUUCUAAGGUUGUCGUCGUAGGAGAUGUUCAUGGUCAAUUGCACGAUGUUUUAUUUUUGCUGAAUGAUGCUGGCUUGCCCUCUGAUAAUCGGAUUUUUGUUUUCAAUGGCGAUUAUGUCGAUCGAGGCGCCUGGGGGUUUGAGACCUUCGUGUUGCUGUUGGCUUGGAAGAUUUAUUUGCCCAAUCGAGUAUAUCUUCUCCGUGGAAAUCACGAGUCCAAAUAUUGCACGAGUGUUUAUGGUUUUGAAAAAGAAGUUAUGACCAAGUAUGGCGGUCAAGGAAAACAUGUCUACCGCAAAUGUUUAGGUUGCUUUGAAGGACUUCCUUUGACAACUGUUAUUGCUGGUCGUGUUUAUACUGCUCAUGGAGGACUGUUUAGGAGUAUGACUUCUCCUCCAUCAAAAAGACACAAAGGCAAGAAAAAGAACCGGAAGAUUAGUGUCAAUAACGAAGGAACAUCUGAUGAAAAAUUAUCACUUGGCUCCUUUGAGGAAUUAUCUAAAGCUAGGAGAUCAGUUCUAGAUCCUCCUUGGGAAGGAUCAAAUUUGAUACCUGGUGAUAUCUUGUGGUCUGAUCCUUCGUUGACCCCUGGACUUUCACCAAAUACGGAGAGAGGCAUUGGACUUUUAUGGGGUCCUGAUUGCACGGAGAAUUUUUUGAAGAAGUUCAAUCUAAAGUUAAUUAUUAGAUCACAUGAAGGGCCUGAUGCAAGGGAAAAACGAAAGGGUCUAGGAGGAAUGGACCAAGGCUACACAAUUGAUCAUAAUGUGGAGUCAGGAAAGCUAAUCACUUUGUUCAGUGCUCCAGACUACCCGCAAUUCCAGGCAACAGAAGAGAGAUACAAAAAUAAAGGAGCAUAUAUUGUGCUGGAGCCUCCUAAUUUUGAUACUCCGUCAUUCCAUAGCUUUGAAGCAGUCUUACCAAGACCAAAGGCUAAUCCUUAUUAUAACUUUGAGGAAGUAUUAGAUUCUGAUGAAGAAUUGGACUUGUCGUCUAUGGUGUCGGCCCCAUGAAGGAAUGCUUCUCCUGGUGAAGAGCUUCUCAUGUUUUGUAUGUAGAUUAAUCUGCCUUUAUUUUGUCGGUUUCGCGGCACCCCCAUAAAGGAAGGAUUUCCCUGUGGAAGAACAUCACAUCUAUUGAUCGUAGAUUAAUUUGCCUCUAUUUAUUCUGCUGUAAAUUUUGUUGUAUACAAGAAUCAACAGCUGCAUGCCUGCACCUGCAUGUCCCAUUAUUUGUAUCUGAAGUGACAAUACCCGAAAACACAGUAUACUUGCUGGUCAAGUCGUUUAGUUAGUAUCGAUUGGCAAAUCCAUAUGGCGAUUUGAUUUUUUGAUGCGGCA